CAUAAAUUGGGGCUGGUGGCAGCCUCACUCACACAGGCUCACCCGGGCACACACAGGCUCACUUGCCCGGUCCCUGAACCCCUUCACACCACACUCACAUUCCCAUCACUCACUCCCCUGUGAACCCGUCCGAGCCCCGGCCUCUUACCUCUUGCGCGCACCGUCUCUCGGUCUCACUCACUCUCUGUGGCCUGCCUCAGAUCACCUCCAUGGCACCCCGUGUGACCCCCCUACUGGCCUUCAGCCUGCUGGUUCUCUGGACCGUCCCAGCCCCCGCUCUGGGCGGGGCUAACGAUGCAGAAGACUGCUGCCUGUCUGUGACCCAGCGCCCCAUCCCUGGGAACAUCGUGAAAGCCUUCCGCUACCUUCUUAUCCGAGAUGGCUGCAGGGUGCCUGCUGUUGUGUUCACCACACUAAGGGGCUACCAGCUCUGUGCACCCCCAGACCAGCCCUGGGUGGAACGCAUCAUCCGAAGACUGAAGAACAAAGGCAAAAGGACCAGAUGGAGCCCUGUGUCUUGAGUAUAGAGAUGUGAAUCACUCUGGCCCUGGAAACCAAGGACAAGAAGAGAGGACCAGGCCUCCUGAUGCUCUGCCCCAGACCUAACCCAGCCAAGUCUGUGCCUAGAGAGUGGAUGUGAAUGUGAGUGUGGACAAGAGAGUUUGUGUGGCUAGGGCACGGCCUCUCCGUGGCUAGACUGCAGUGCUUCCAAUAAAGUCGCUUGGUACCGUG